GGAGAUAGCGCAGGCAGCUGGGGAAGGCGGCUCUGCUAUCAGCAGGGCCGGGCGAGGCCCGGCCGGCCAUGGCCUCGGGGGGGCCCGGGGAGCGGCUGUGCGAGGAGGCUAGGUGCCCAGUGUGCCUGGAUUUCCUGCAGAAACCGGUCAGUGUGGACUGCGGCCACAGCUUCUGCCUCAGAUGCAUCUCCGAGUUCUGCGAGAAGUCCGACAGUGCACAGAGCGGCCUCUAUGCCUGUCCGCAGUGCCGGGGUCCCUUCAGGCUGGAGAGCUUCCGCCCCAACAGGCAGCUGGCCAGCCUGGUGGACAGCGUGCGGCAGCUGGGGCUCGGCGCGGGGCCCUCGGGGGCGCGCCUGUGUGUGAGGCACGGCGAGGAGCUGAGCCGCUUCUGUGAGGAGGACCAGGAGGCUCUGUGCUGGGUCUGUGACACCACCCCAGAGCACAGGAGCCACCGCACAACACCGCUGCAGGAGGCCGCCAGGUGCUACCAGGUAAAGCUCCAGAUGGCCCAGGAACAUGUGAGGAAAGAGAUGGAGGAAGCCUUGACUCAGGAAGCCAGUGUGGGAAGGAAAACUGUCAUUUGGAAGGAGAAAGUGGAAACGCAGAGGCAACGCUUCAGGUUGGAGUUUGAAAAGUAUCGUGGCUUACUAGCCCUGGAGGAGCAACUGCAGCUUAGAAGACUGGAGGAGGAGGAACGAGCCACCCUGCAGAGACUGCGGGAGAGCAAGAACCGGCUGGUUCAGCAGAGCAGAGCCUUGAAGGAUCUGGCAGAGGAGCUGGAGGAGAGGUGCCAGCGCCCAGCCCUGGGUCUGCUGGAGGGUGCGGGAGGAGCCUUGAGCCGAAGUAAGAGUGUCACACGGCUGGAUCUGGAGACCAUCCCCAUGGAGCUGAAGACAAUGUGUCGCAUCCCUGGGAUGAGGGAAAUGUUGAGAAAGUUCCAAGUUGACAUAAAACUGGAUCCCGCCACAGCACAUCCUAGCCUCCUCUUGACUGCUGACCUGCGCAGUGUGCAGGAUGGAGAACUAUGGAGGGAUGUCCCCAACAACCCUGAGCGAUUUGACACAUGGCCUUGUAUCCUGGGUUUGCAGAACUUCUCAUCAGGGAGGCAUUACUGGGAAGUCAUGGUGGGAGAAAGAGCAGAAUGGGGGUUAGGUGUCUGUCAAGACACAGUGUCAAGAAAGGGGGAAACCACACCAUCUCCUGAGAACGGGGUCUGGGCCAUGUGGCUACUGAAAGGGAGUGAGUACAUGGUCCUUGCCUCUCCAUCAGUUCCUCUCCUCCACUUGGAACGGCCUCGCUGCAUUGGGAUUUUCUUGGACUAUGAAGCAGGUGAAAUCUCCUUUUACAACAUCACACAUGGGUCUUAUAUUUACACGUUCAAUCACCUUUUCUCUGGUUUUCUUCGACCUUAUUUUUUCAUUUGUGACACGACUCCUCUUAUCUUACCACCUAUGACAGAAGUGGAGUUAGAAAAUUGGGCAUCCAGGGGUCAUUUUCACCCUGCUUCUAACAUUAGAGAUGAUCCUUCCUAAAAUUCUGUUGCUAAGAUACACCCCAAGCCUAGCAAAGUUUCCUGGAGUAGGAUGGAGGGUAUACAUAUGUGAAGGCUCAACAGAUGUCCCCAUUUAGGUCAGCACUUCAUUCCUUGUCACUAUGGACAUUUUCCCAUAGGGGCAAAAGAGAAAAUAUAAAAUAUUUGUGUUUGGACAAGGAUUGUAUAGAAUAGUAAUUUUAGAAAUGGAGCAGUCUUACCACUCCUUUCCCAAAUGGCUCCACAUACUUUCUUGAUGUGUUUUCUUCAAAUGAAUGGCCCUCAUAUUAAACAAAGAUAUCUAUACAUUUAUUUUAAUGUCUCAUUCCUUUUAAUAUCUCUUCAUUCCAAUCUUCCAUAUAUUAAGAAUUAGAAAUGGCAAUUCUUAAAUUGGUUCAGAACAGUCCAAUAUUGUUCUAGCAUCAGCUCCAUAAUUCUUUUUCCUCCUCCUUAUUUUCCUUCUCUCAUUCUCUCCUCUUUCUCUGUCUCUCUGCCUCUGCAUCUUUCUGUCUCUGUCUCUCUCACUUUUGCUCUUUAUUGCUUCUUUCUUCUUUUCUUGCUUUAUACCCCUUAUUGUUUAACCUUCCAUUUCCUUCUAGAUUAAUAUAUUCAGAACCAUCCCUUUAUAUAUUCAUGAUUCCUAUGACUAUUCAAUUACCCUUUAAAUCCUCUUCACUCAGGGGUCAAUUUUUGAGAAUGAUGAAAUUCAUUCCUCUGAUUCUAAUAUCACUGAGCCUCAUGCCUUAUCCCUUACAACUUUUUCCUUUAUCUUUGGAUACAUUUUUUUUAAUUGAAGCAUAGUUGAUUUUGUGUUAGUUUGUGUUAGUAUUGUGUUAGUUUCAGGUGUACAGCAUCGAUACAUUUUUUAGAGUAGAAAUUUCUCAGAAUUCUGAUUCAACUAGUUCUUUGACCUAGUCAUUACCUAGUUGUAAGACUUCAAACAAGCAAUCUCUCUCUCUCAGUCUCAGCUACUUAGUAUGAUUCCUGUACAUGGAACAAUGAUAUUGACCUCCCAAUGUUUUGGGAAAUAAGUAAGGUUGUGAUUUAUAUGAUUGGUUUAAAUUCAACUUUACUACUCAAAUACAAUGUAAAAAUGACCAGAAUGAUGAAAUGAUAAUAAUAUUUGACUUAUUUUAAAAGUAUAUUCUGUACAUUUCCAACAAAAUUCUUAAAAAUUAUUGAAAGCUAACUCUGCUACCAUCUUUCUCUGUAUCUAUGUCUAAUAAAUAAUUGCUAACCAAAUGCUAAAAUGCUUAAAUGCUAAAUAAUUAUUAAUUAAUAGAAAAUUUAGAUAACCUAAUCCUGAUAAUAAUCUGCCAAGACUUUAAUCCUCUACUUUAACUCUACCUUGACUUUUUUUUUUUUUAAACAUCUUUAUUGGGGUAUAAUUGCUUUACAAUGGUGUGUUAGUUUCUGCUUUAUAACAAAGUGAAUCAGUUAUACAUAUACAUAUGUUCCCAUAUCUCUUCCCCUACCUUGACUUUUAAGGAGCUUUUCUCAUCUAGAGAGAUUUCUUUGACUAAAAUCUUUCACAUACUUUGCAAUAACAUUACUAAUAUAGUUUUCUUUCUAUAUUUAUUAAUAUAUUUCUUUUCAGACUUUUUACAUUUGGAGGAACAUUAUGGAGUAUAAUAAUUUUAGAAAUAGCAAAAUUUUAUCAAACUGUAUUUCCAGAUGGCUCUACAUAUUUUAUUGAAGGGGACUUGUAUUAAACAAAGAUUUCUGUAUAUUCAUAUUUGAUACAUGUAUGUUUGAUCAUGAACAAACAAUUCCCCUCUUUGUCUCUUUUGGAAACAGAGGUAAUAAUAAUGUACCCUUACAUCCCUCUUGUUGAUAUUUUAUAUACCAUGAAUUCUCUAGGCCUUUUCUGUUCAUGAACUAAGUAGAAACUGGCUCAUGCAGUGGGUCUCAGUUCAUGCUUCCCACAAUCAGGGCUUAAAUGAGGCAUGGCAACUUGUUGUAACACUUGAGUGUCCAUGUCACUAUAGGGCCAGCAAUUAUGAGAGGAGUCAUGACAGAGAACAUACACUCAGAGCAGUAGAGCCCCUUCCCCAUAGGGAUCAAGAGGGACAGGGUCACUGGUCUCAGAUCAUGUCACCCCUGGGGGCUCCACCCAUUCACCAGGACAAGGAAGCCUCAUGGCCUCAGGCCUGCUACCCUCUUCAAGGGGCGAAAAGGGAAUCCCACGAAUGCCUCCUCCCUACCAAGAAAGCUAACAUCCUAGUCUCCACUGUCACCCUUUAAUCCUAUUAUCCCAAUGUGCAUCUUAUCAUGAGGUAUGUUAGUUACUAAACCAACUUAAAUCUUUCUUCAUCCCUUGCAUUCCAAGUUUCACAAAGCUUUGUGCAUCUCCUAUUAUAGUCCCUACUCCUUCCCUUGCCAAUUCCAUACACACACACACACACAGACACACACACACACACACUCACUCAUACACAAUACACAGAAUCUUUUCCAGUGGAUAAAGACUCCACAAUCUGGCUAACUCCUUUCCUGAUUUUACUUUCUCAUAUCUAGUCCAUCAGUAAGCCCUGUUGGCUCUACCUUCAGCAUAUAUCUAGAGUUCAGCCAGAGCUAACCUAACCACUCUGCUGCUAAAACCAUCGUCUUAACAUCCAUCCUCUCCCUCUGGGUUAUUACAUUAGUUUCCUAACAAUAAUCCUGGCUUUACCUCAGCCACUCCUGUGUCCUUUCUCAAUGCGGCAGCCAGACUGAUCCUUUUAGCACCCAAGAUUGUAGUACCAUUGCAGCUACCUUCCAUCCAACUUAUAGUUAUAGCCAAAAUCUUUACAACAAACUCUCAGACCCUAGAAUAUCUGAGCACAAGUUCCUACUCUGAUUCUGACUCCCUCCCCUUACUUCCCCUUUUAUUAUUCUCCAUCUAUUCUGGCCUCCUGGCUGGGUUUACACCACCAGGCACUUCCUACUAUUGGGCCUUUCUCCCAGCUGUGCCUUCUACCUGCAAUUUCCUUUUCCCAGAUGCUUCUUUAAUUCAUUCCCUUUCUUUCUUUAAGCCUGCUCAAAUUCAGCUUCUCAGAACUAUACAACCUGACCUACCCCAGAACCCACCCAGAGCUUACCCUCCCACUCCCCUUCACUGGGCCCAAUGGAGGCUCUUUUCUUCAAUAUAGUACUUAUCAGCUUCUAAUAGAUUUUAUUGUUAUCCUAUUUAUUGGGUUUAUUUUUAUUUAUUUAUUUAUUUUUGCUUUUGCCUUUUCUGGAUAGAAUGUAAGCAUCCUGAGGGGAGGGAUCAUUGUCUAUUGAUAAUGAUAUAUCUGACAUAUCUCAAACACCUCAAGUACUGGUUUGUAUGUGGUUAUCACUCAAUGCAUACUUGUUGAAUAAAUAAAUGAUUAACUUUUUGUGGACAGAAUUAAA